UUUGUCAAGCACUCCAUGCAUACCUUCAGAAACGAUUGCACAAACGAAACAGACCGUGAAAAAACCGAGGUGCAUGGAAUUUACCUCAACAUAUGUUUGUUGAUGUUCAUUUUGGAGUCGCCUUCUCACGUCAUAUUUAGAUUUAUCACAAUGGUUGUGGGUUUAAAUAAGAAAAACCGAAUUCGGUUUAGCAUGAUGUCCUAAUGAAAACUGCAAAAUCGAAUCGCCAAUUGGGAAGAAUUCGGAACGAACUUACCCAGCGUUCUAUUUGGAGCACGCGCCGGCUGACGUAGGUAAGCAGCGCGCGCGUCCUAGUCCCUUGAGAAAGAACAGCGUGCACGCGCUUCCAUCCUCCUCGCUGCUACAGUGAAUGCGGGCAUCCAGACGCCUGACUGAGUGCGGCGCUUCUUUUCCCGGUACCACGGAUGCCAGUGCAUGGAGAGGGUUCUGUCGAAGCCGAAAAGGAGUCAUGCAAAUGUAUAUUCACACGGACGCUCGGCUGUAAGUGAUGCUACUGCAAGUUAAAGUCCUGGAAGUAAAACCGCAGCAGAUUGGGAAUAAACGGAUAGAUCGGCGUUCCCCGUUGCAGAGCGCACUCAGUUCGCUUGGAAUACAGAGACGCAGCGUGGAAUUACCGGAGCCCUCAGUUUGUGAACUAAAGUCAAUUCGUUUUCUACCGCAUUUCUUUUUUUAUUCAUUUUUUUAUUUCCCUAAUUUCUUUCUUCUUUUUUGCUGUUAUGUUUGAUUAGGUUUAUUACCCCUUUUUUAUUCCAGUCUUCUUUAGUAAUCUACCCUUUUGGUUUUUAUUCUCUCAUCCUCCGAAAAUAGCUUGGGUUCGUUUUUUUUGCGAGGGUAGAUUGUGGUGAAAGAUAUUCAUUCAGUCUCUCAAACUGAGUCGUGUCAUGGAUGGCAAACUGCAUUUGCAUCUACGGAACAAAUCGGGGAAUAUACAAUAACUACUGCUGACAGAGACAAGGACAAAUGACAUAGGAUGAACACUGCUGGUCAUCUCUGUCUGUCUGUGCUGUCAUCCCUUUUCGCUCUGGCCUGGGCCGUGGAGCCGCUGGGUCAGGCUGCCCCCUGCUCCUCUCUGGUGGCCGGGGUCUUAUACGGCUCCUUCUCGCUCAGGGACCUCUUUCCCAGCCCAUCGGCUCUGGCAUCCGGAUGCUCGUGGACUGUGGAGAACCCUGACCCCACUAAGUACUCGCUCUAUUUCCGCUUCAAUCGCCAUGCCGGUGCCUGCUUAGCUUUCUCCCCGCUGGUGCUGCCCUUGGACCACUACCUCUCCAACCAGACCUGUGGCCCUCCAGACCAGCCUUCCUUCCCCUCGGACCCUGAAGCCGUGGAACUCUGUAUGGUCCCAGGACCUCACACCUUCCUACAGUUCGACAAGAACUUUGUACAGUUGUGCCUGACUAGUCAUCCAAGCACAGACGGAGACAGCGAAGAUGGGACGUCCGAGGGAAGCCAAGCCCCCUUGUCAGCAGAAACCCUGGAUUUUCGGCUAGUAGAGGUUCUGCUUAUUAACAAUGAGAAUUCCAGUCAGUUUACCUGUGGAGUACUCUGCCGGUGGUUUGAGGAAUGCUUGCAUAUUGGCGCAGGCUGGGAAACCGAAAGUUGCAGUAUCACCCAAACAGGAUGCGUGUGUCCUAACACAGCUCCUCCGGUGUCCCUGCUGCCCACCGUACCCCACAACCAGUCCUUAGAUCCCAGUUCUAGCGUGUUGCAAUCCCCACCUGAUGACUGUUGUGUCACACAGCUGCACUCCAAGAACGGCAUUGCUAUAGCGCCACGGGACGUCCGGCAAGAACCUGACGAUGAUGAGCAGAAGGUGAAGACGCAGAGGCCACGAUCGGCUGACCAGCCAGGUGUGUUUCAGGCACAGACUGGUGACCCGGCAGCGGAGGAGUGGUCUCAGUGGAGCGUGUGUUCGCUGACUUGUGGGCAGGGUUGGCAGGUUCGUUCGCGUUCUUGUGUAUCCUCUCCGUACGGGACCCUCUGCAGCGGCCCGCUGAGGGAAACCCGACUCUGCAACAACACUGCCACCUGCCCAGGUGAGCCGCAGCAUCAAGCAGUGCAUGGGCUGUGGGAGGAAUGGUCUUCAUGGAGCCUAUGCUCUGUCACGUGUGGCCGCGGCUCUCGGACUCGGAGCAGGAUCUGUGUUCUCCCCCAGCAUGACAGCACGGGCUGCGGAGGCCCAGAGGUGCAAACCAAACUCUGCAAUAUAGCUGUGUGCCCUGUGGAAGGUCAAUGGUUGGACUGGGCCACCUGGUCUCAGUGCUCUGUCUCCUGCGGCACCGGGACUCAACAGCGGCAGCGGCGGUGCAGCGUUUCGGUUCAUGGCUGGGCUGAGUGUAAAGGGCCGCAUGCGGAAACUCGUGAGUGCACCAACCCAUCUUGCGGGGGUGGAGGGAACUGGGGUGCGUGGAAUCACUGGAGCCUGUGCUCGAAGACCUGUGACUCGGGCUGGCAGCGGCGCUUCCGCAUGUGUGAAGGCACAGGGAUCCAGGGUUAUCCAUGCGAUGGCUCUGGAGAGGAAGUUCGCUCCUGCAAUGACAAGAAGUGCCCAGCGCCUCAUGAAAUAUGUAAAGAUGAGUACCAAGUAGCCAUGACGUGGAAGAGAGCUUCAGCUGGAGAGACAGUAUACAACAAGUGUCCAUCAAAUGCCACUGGAUCUGCUAGUCGUCGUUGUUUGCUGGACGUUAAUGGAGUUGCUUACUGGGGUCCUCCGAGCUUCGCCCGAUGUGUCUCACUCGAAUAUAGAUAUUUACAUUUAUCUUUGCGAGAACAUCUUGCGAAGGGUCAGAGGACCCUGGCAGGGGAGGGCAUGUCUCAGAUCGUGAGGAGUCUCCUGGAGUUAAUGUCCCGUAAGAAUUAUUACAGUGGAGACCUCUUAUUCUCCGUGGAGAUUCUCCGAAAUGUGACAGACACCUUCAAGCGAGCAACCUACAUCCCAGCUCCUGACGACGUGCAGAAUCAGACGACACGCCAUAUUUCGUGAUCGGAGCCAUCCUGUACCGUACUCUCGGCCACAUAAUGCCCCCGCCAAAAGACCCGUUUGUGAUCAGCUCAAAGAUUCUGACAGUAACUGUACGCCCUUUACCCAAGCCCACCGAGCCCCUGGUGUCAGUGGAACUCGCCCCUUUGCUAAAUGGCACGACGGAUCCUCAGUGUGUCGUCUGGGACUACGGAAACCCAGAGGCUGGCGAAGAAAACUGGGACGCAGAGAGCUGCCAAACGCUCCCAUCGCCGGCAGUCUCCCACACCAAAUGUCUGUGCAGCAAGCUGUCCACCUUUGCAGUGUUAGCGCAGAAAGCUAAAGAACCGGGUAUGGGGCCCUCCAGUAUGCCGUCUGUACCCCUGAUGGUGGGCUGUGGCAUAUCGUGUACGGCCCUGCUCAUUCUGCUGCUCAUCUACGCUGCCUUCUGGAGGUACAUUCGUUCAGAGAGGUCCAUCAUCUUGGUGAACUUCUGUCUGUCCAUACUGGCCUCCAAUGUGCUUAUACUGGUGGGACAGUCCCAAACGCUCAGUAAGGGACUGUGCACUGUGACUGCUGCCUUUUUACACUUCUUCUUUCUGGCCUCUUUCUGCUGGGUUUUGACGGAGGCCUGGCAGUCCUACCUGGCCGUGAUUGGCAAGAUGAGAUCUCGCCUCAUUCGAAAGCGUUUCCUGUGCCUCGGCUGGGGUCUUCCAGCCUUAGUAGUAGCUGUAUCUGUGGGUUUCACACGGGCUAGAGGUUACGGCACGCCAAGUUAUUGCUGGUUGUCUCUGGAAGGGGGGCUGCUUUAUGCGUUCGUCGGUCCUGCUGCUGUCAUUGUCCUGGUAAACAUGCUGAUAGGAAUCGUGGUCUUCAACAAGCUCAUGUCUAGAGACGGCAUCUCAGACAAGUCCAAAAAGCAGAGAGCAGGUCCACCGCUGGAAGCGCGUAGCAGGCUGCUCCUGAAAUGCUCCAAGUGUGGGGUGAUCUCCAGUACUGCCCUGUCCAGCUCUACCGCCAGCAGCGCCAUGGCAUCUUUAUGGAGCUCUUGUGUGGUUCUCCCUCUGCUGGCCCUCACAUGGAUGUCAGCUGUUCUGGCCAUCACAGAUCGCCGCUCGACCCUCUUUCAGGUGCUCUUCGCGGUCUUUGACUCCGUCCAGGGAUUCGUCAUCAUCACUGUGCAUUGUGCCAUGCGGAGAGAGGUGCAGGACGCAGUGCGCUGCAGGAUGGGUGGCUGCAAAGACGACAGUGAAAACUCUCCGGAUUCCUGCAAGAACGGCCAGGUGCAGAUCAUGCAGAGGUGCUCGCACCGUCCUAGUCUCUACAGUCAGGAGCAGUGUGGCUCGCUCCGAUAUUCACCCGGGUGCUGCCAAGGCUGCCACCAAUCCUGCCCCGCCCACCCCCCACUAGCUUUGGCCAAUCACGGUCACGGACACAGCCAUAACCACGCCCAUAUUCUCCACCAGAACCACACUCAGACUCUCAACCACAACCAUCUUAUGAACCACAAUCAUGUCCAUACUCUUGACAAGAACCACACGCAGACUUUGAACCACAACCACAUUCAUACACUCAACCACAACCAUGCGCUCAACCACAACCAUGCACUCAACCACAACCAUGCGCUCAACCACAACCAUGCGCUCAACCACAACCAUGCGCUCAACCACAACCAAGCCCACAUUCUCCACCAGAGCCAAAGCCUAGUCCUGGAGCAAAACCACAUGACCACGGACUUUGAGAAAGAUGUGGACCUGGCAUGCCAAACAGAAAGAGGACACCCAUUCAUCUUUAAGGAGGUGAACACCUGUAACCCUGCCACCAUAACCGGAACCCUAUCUCGCAUCUCCCUGGAUGACGAGGAUGAUCCCAAGUUGGCAGCUCAUCAGGAAGGCGUUAAUUUCAGCAGUUUGCCUGGAAACAUCCCACCCCCUAACCUCCUGGUACAGGUACCUCCGUUGGGUCCCCUAAACGAGCUCAGCGAGCAGCCACUGAAGAAAGAGGUCAAUGUGGAGCAACAAGGUCAGCAUCAGCGAUCUGGACCCAUCUAUCUGUGCACAGAGAGUGGGUUGGGUUGGGCCCGACCUAAUCCUUCUUCCACCCAGGAUUCAACUGGUGGAGGAGGUGGGGAAGGGGAUUACAUGGUGUUGCCACGUCGAACAGUCAGUCUAAAGCCCCCUCCUCCACCCCAGGAUGAGGGGAAACCCCUAAACAUUACAGUAGAUGACCCCCCUUUUCCCCCACCCCCUUCACCAAUGACUCUGCAUCCAGCCGAGAGUGAAGCAUACCCUGCAGACUUUGCAGCUACAGACCACAUCAGCAUGAACUUAAACCGCUCCUACAGCACGCUCAAACAGUUACCGGCCCAUGCCGGACACACACACUCCCACACCAACACCCACACUCUGCAGGUCAAGCAGAAUCGUCCUUCUGUCCGGCAGAUCCUCACCUCGGGAACGGUGGAGCGCACCAGAACCCUUCCCCGCAACCUGGGCAGCACCAACACCAGCAUCUCGGCUGGAUCUUUGGAAAGGAAAAGAGUACGGUACUCUGAGCUGGACUUUGAGAAAGUGAUGCACACUCGCAAAAGACACUCAGAGCUGUACCAUGAACUCAACCACUCCACCAAGUUCCACACCAUAGACAGGUAUAACAGGGACCCUGCCAUGUCCUCCUUCAAGAGGGAAAAGCGAUGGAGCAUUUCGUCUGCCGGAGGUGAAAAGAAUUCUUCGAGUGACAAGUCCACCACAGAUGACCAGCGAUCUUGGGACAGCUUUAAGACCAUGACCCCUGAGCAGACGUGUGGCUCCAACGAACACAAGGACAGACUGGAGUUACGAAGUAAACCCUGGGACACAUCCUCCGUCAACACACCUGACACAUCCGAAGGAGACUUCCAGACUGAAGUGUGAAGAAAAACACACACCCACAACAAACUAAGAGACAACUAAACCCUCUUACAUACUCACACAGUCAGUGAUCUUCAGCAAGACGCGUUUCUAAAGGAUUCUGUACUCGUUUACAGGACAAACCAGAGAUGAAGAGUGCUCUAUUCUAUAUUUUCACACAGAGACAUUACGUGAAAGAGUGAGGCCUGGAGAGUAUGGUACAAAUUUUUAACAAACUGUUUCUGAAAUGUCUUGAUUUUACUCCAGAAAGGAUUCUCUUUCACCUGUUUGAUGAUUUGGGAAUUUAACAAAAAAAAAUAAUAUUUCUGCACCCUUCUUUUUUUAUAGAGGAAAAAAAAAAAGAAAAAUCGGUAUUGAUGAUUCGCACACUGUUUAAUAACCCCCUAGGGUUUUUUCCCCCCUUUCUGUCUUCGCAUUUCUUGGAUGACUCAAGUUCUGUUUCCCUUUUUCUUGGUUUGUUUGUUUGUCAGGGGAGAGGGAGGGGAAGUUUUGAAAGCGAUUAUUAAUAUGUGCCAUCCUCUGCUUUUUUUCCCCCCUCUGCAUCAGGCGUACUGUACACAAAAGCUUAUCUAGCUUUCUUUUGUUUUCUAUAUUUUUAUUUAGAAUGCUUGUGCAUUAUUUUGUUUAAUAUAUAUAUAUAUAUAUAUUUUAUUUUAUAUUAUACAGUCAAACUUCAGGUAUCAUUUCAUGUGGGAUUGUGUUUUAUUCAUGCUUUCCAAAACGCUUUACAGAAUUGUAUGUGUGAUAAAUGUCAAAUCAUUUCACUUAAGGGAAGCAUCCAUCUCCAAAACAACCAAAAUAAUGCGCAUUCCAGUCAUAGAAAGCUUUGGAAUUUGGUAUCAGGCUUAUCCAAUUCAAACUGAGAAGUUUUUUUUAACCAACGCAAAGUUCUGCUGUCAGGGAAGUUUCCACAUUUCUUUGCCAUCUUUAUGUUGUGCUUCACUUCUACUCUCGCUAAAAAAGUAGCUCUUUGUGAAACUGAAAACCAGUGACUCUAGCUGAACUGAUUUUUUUGCACUCCAUCCAUGGAGUUUGACAGUUAGCUUAAUGCUAAGCAGGCUGCCGAGGUCAUCUUUGUCAACCCUUCUCCUCUUCAUAACCCAUUCAUUAAUCGUGUUGGCUGAUGUAACUCCACAUGGAGACUCGGAAAGCGAGAAAGAGAGGGCGAACAAGCGAGAGAGGUGUGGUAAUUAUCUUGGGAGAAUAACGAUUUGUCCUGACAUUUUCUUACUUGGCGCGAAUUUCAUCUGCUCAAAGAUCCCUAAAGUCAGCAUAUCAUAUAGGCACAGAUGGCAAGACUAGAGCAUGCCAUUUUAACCUUUGCAAGUAAUCUGCACUAAUGGGGAACAUGGGCCGCCUCUUCCGCCUGAAAAAUCUCCAAACCACCAUGGCAAUUAAAAGUAGUUUCUCGUCUCCCUUCUCAACCGCAGUCAAGAAUUUUACUCUCAUAUAUGAGAUAAGCAAUAUCACACGAACAAGAGCUCUGUUUGUCAGAAGGUUGACACUGAUCUGCAGUGCUGGUAUCCAGUACUGUAGCAUAAUUGUGAUAUUGCAUACAGAAUAUGUAGGAAUAUAUUUUGGUUGUGCGAGUAAAAACUCUUCCCCCAGGCCUCAAAGGCACAUUAGCAAGUAAUGCUAGAGGUUGUGCUAUUUAGUAUAAGUGUGCACACCACCCAUUUCAGAAACAAAAGCUGGUAUUCUGGGGGAGUAAUUUAAACUGGAAUGGUUGCGUUGGUGCCGUGACCCUGAUGGUUGUGUUUUUGAGGGUUGAGUGGAAUCCUGGUCUCAAGAAGCACACUAGUGACUGUUAGAGGCUACAGUCUUGACUGUUUUGUUAGAUUGCGUGCCACCUUUUCCAGUCUGAUUCCUGCUCAGAGCAGGGUGAGUACUGGAUGUGUAAAUUGGUGCCGUGACCCGGAUGGUUGUGAGAAUUCAGAGAUUGAGUGGAAAAGAAGUGAAAAACCUCACUCUCCUGACCUGAAGCGGCACACUGGUGUUUGACAUUAGAGGCUGUGGUCUUCAGGGUCCUUGUUAGUGACUUUAUCCCCUACUGGUGCCGUGACCCGGAUAGGAGUGAGAUAACAGAGGCCAGGUAAUAGUAAGUGUGUUAUUAAGCUUCAGUCUCCUGGUCUAAAGGCAUGUUAGAGUGUGUGUGGUAUUUAGUGUGCCCACUUAGCAUGCAUGAAACACCAGUUAAAUCCCACUCUGAGAGGGACAGGGGUGCCCUGACUUGGAUGAGAAUGAGGUUUAGGGGUGUAAGUGUAAUGGAGACCAAACUCUACGAGUGAGUAAAAUCAUCCACUCUGUUGACCUCAACCACACUUGUGGUUGACUCUAAAGGUUUUUAGGUCGGGUAAGAUUAACCAAGAUUAAAGUUAACGCUAAUUUCAAUGGCUUCAAUAAUCAUAAUAGCAACUGAUGCGAGAGCAUCAUGGUUGGUGUGCCUGCCUCCAAUGCUGAAAACACAAACACAAAUCCCACUUGAAACAAGACAAAUGCAACCAGAGGGGUUAAUUUUAGAUUAAGUCUAUAAGAAAGUGAGGUCAUUUAUCUUUCCGUUCUGAGAAAAGCAAUUGUAGCCUUGUUUUGAAAAAUCAAUAAGAUUAACCAAACAGGUGAGCUGGAUAUUUAAGUUCUAUAAGAUGCCGUCUUAACAACCACACACCUGUACGCAAACCCUGCUUUUUUUACAGUGCCUGUUUGUUUUUUGUUUUGCUAUUUUAUCUGAUGCAGUCAUCAGCUGUUUCAAUGUUUUGUCAUCCCACUCUAUUUCCGUCUAUGUAUAUGAGUGUUGGGUUUUUCAUAGAUGUUUACAGAGUCCUACUUAAUGAAACUGGAGCAUUACACCCAAAAACCCCACUAAACUAACUAUGUUUUGAACAGAUUUAUGUAUUGCUCUUUAAAAAGAAAAAGAAAAAAACUACUUGAGAAUGGCCUUACAGUCACAUCAAAUUUAUGAGAUAUGUAUUUUGGAUAUGUGCAUUGUGAGGAGGAUGAUCGUUGAAAAAUGAAUGGUGAACAACAGCUGGGUGUGAACGGAUUGAAGACUGAAUAUGUUUCCCCGGACUUCCUGACCAGCAGGAUGUUUUCUUCAUGACUUGACGUGUUUGAAACUUUCAGAUCCCUCCCCUUGCCAGCACACACGAUCCCAUUGGCUAAAGAAGAUGGCUACCACAGAGAAUCCUCCUUGCACCAUUUAAGUUUUUUUUAUACAUAAGAUUGUACAAAGUAGUCCUCUACUGUUUUCAUAGAGUGUCUUUUUAUAUGAAAAUAAAUUUUCAAACUGAUGAA